AUGAUUCAACAGCCUCUGGUAUCAGACCUCGUUCACGAUUCAAAGAUCGAAACCGUCCUCGAUGGAAAUGUUGCGCAACAUACAUAUUACAGCUCAGGCCAGUCAGCUCGCGAGAGGAUCGUGCGAAGAAAGGAGACAUGGGUUCGUGAUGGAUCAACAGCCUUCUUGGGCCAAGGCGCGUACGGUACGGUGUUCCGAGAACGAUGCGACCAACGUCUGCGAGCCGUGAAAGCGAUCAAGAAAUGUGUAGUCGUCGGCGAAGAGCUGGAUUACGCAAGGGAGUUGGAAGCAAUUAUCAAGUUCUCACACCCAAAGUAUUCGCAUUGCUUUGUUCGGUCAUACGGAUGGUUCGAGUCCGCAGACUCGGUUUUCAUUACAAUGGAGUACCUCCGGCACGGCGACUUGCAGAAGCGAUUAACACAGCCACUUCCGGAAGGACAGGCCCGGCAGAUCAUCGCACAGGUCCUGGAAGGGCUCCAGCACAUGCAUAACAACGGUUUCGUCCACCGCGAACUGAAGCCAGGCAACAUCAUGAUUGUCACGCCAGGCCCCGAGUGGUUCGUCAAGAUUACAGACUUUGGUAUUAGCAAGCGGAGGCAAGAAUGCGCGACCACGUUACAUACCCUACAAAGAGGGGCCUUUGGGUUUGCAGCACCCGAAGCCCUUGGUCUAGGAUCAGAUGACAGUCGUGCAUCUUACACAUUUGCCGUCGACAUGUGGUCUCUUGGUGCCGUGACCUACAAGAUUCUCACUAGCGUGGCCCCUUUCCAAAGUUUGGUUGAUCUUUUCAGAUACGCCACUGGAAUCCUCGAUUUCCCCUUAUCUGAGCUUUACACCCAUAACAUCACCAAAACCGCACAGGAUCUUGUCUUGACGUUGAUGUCUCCGCAACCUAAUAGGCGGCCAUCAGCUUCUGCAGCAAGUGGUCACUUGUGGUUCACAAGUGACAUUGGCGAUUUGCCCCGUCAUGAAUUGGAACUGUAA